CUUUCACUCUUAGAUCCAACCAACUUCCUAUGUCCUUAUCCCACUUCUUUCUCUUAUUUUUAUUUAUUUAUUUUUUAAUUUCUCUCAUUUAUUUUUUAAAAUAAAUAUUAAAUAAAAAGAAUACAAAGUGUUUUCCGUACGCGUCUUUCAACCGUCGAAUCAGAGCAAGGGCAAUAAAAGUUGUUUCCUUUCUUUCUUAAUUUCUUAUUACAACCCAAUGGAACAGUCCAAAUCGGAUUUACAAUCUCAUAUCAAGGAGGGGAAUUCUUUUAAGCCUUCUCCAAAAAGUGACACCACACUGGAGGGCUUGGGGAGCCCACGAAAUCGAAAGGUAACAGCCAGAUGGGUUCCAGAUGAAGCUUGCAGACCCAACAUUGAUGAUGCGCCAGUGUUUUAUCCAACUGUCAAGGAAUUUGAGGAUACACUUGGUUUCAUAUCAAAGAUACGUGCAGAAGCAGAGCCAUUUGGUAUAUGUCGAAUUGUCCCUCCACCUUCGUGGAGGCCACCUUGCCGUCUUAAGGAUAAGAAUAUAUGGGAACAGGCUAAAUUUUCUACACGAAUUCAGCAAGUUGACCUUCUUCAAAACAGGGAGCCCAUGAAAAAGAAAUUUCGAAGCCGGAAACGGAAAAGGAGAAGACAUUCAAAAUGGGGAAUGACCAGGAGGCGUGCUAAUUCUUGUUCAGAAGCAAAUGCUGCUUCUGAGACUGAUGAAAAGUUUGGCUUCCAAUCAGGCUCAGACUUCACACUUGAAGAAUUUCAGAAAUAUGCUGAUCAUUUCAAGGAGCAAUACUUCGGAAUGACAGAUUCUGUGGAGGAUGUGAAGUCUGGUGGGAUUGAACACCAGAAAUUGGAAUCUUCCGUGGAGAUUAUUGAGGGUGAAUACUGGCGGAUUGUUGAGCAAUCGACAGAUGAAGUUGAGGUAUACUAUGGAGCUGACUUAGAAACAGGUACUUUUGGAAGUGGGUUUCCUAAGGCUUCAUCCAUGGUAAUUGAAGGUGAUUCAGAAUCAGAUCAGUAUGUUGAGUCUGGUUGGAAUCUAAACAACUUCCCACGCCUGCCAGGUUCUGUGUUAUGUUUUGAGGAAAAUGACAUCUCAGGAGUUCUAGUGCCAUGGCUGUAUGUUGGAAUGUGCUUCUCAUCAUUUUGUUGGCAUGUUGAAGACCACCACUUAUAUUCCCUAAACUAUUUACAUUUUGGUGAUCCAAAGAUAUGGUAUGGAAUACCUGGAACCCAUGCUUCCAAUUUGGAGAAGGUAAUGAGAAAGCAUUUACCGGAUUUGUUUGAAGAACAACCUGAUUUACUCCAUGAACUGGUAACUCAGUUAUCUCCUUCAGUUCUAAAAGCUGAGGGUGUACCCAUUUACCGAAUUGUCCAGCACUCUGGGGAGUUUGUUCUUACCUUUCCUAGAGCAUACCACUCUGGCUUUAAUUGCGGCUUCAACUGUGCCGAAGCAGUGAAUGUUGCCCCUGUUGAUUGGUUAGCACAUGGGCAGCAUGCAGUUGAACUCUACAGUAAGCAACAUCGUAAGACAUCCAUAUCCCAUGACAGGCUACUGCUGGGAUCAGCUCAGAAAGCAGUGCAGGCCCUUUGGGAGUUACUACUUCUCAGGAAGGAAAAUCCUGCAAAUUUGCAGUGGAGAAGCGUCUGUGGAAAGGAUGGACUGCUUACCCAGGCUGUGAAGACAAGAGUCCAGAUGGAGGAGGAAAGAUUACAGCAUCUUCCUAGCAAUUUAAAAUUGCAAAAGAUGGAAAAAGAAUUUGAUUUGGUUAGCGAGAGAGAAUGUUUUGCUUGCUUCUAUGACUUGCACCUUUCUGCUGCAAGUUGCAAGUGCUCUCCAGAAAGAUUUGCGUGUCUUAAACAUGCAAACCAUUUUUGUUCAUGUGAAAUAGAUGACAGAUAUGUCCUUCUCCGUUACACUCUGGAUGAAUUAAACACACUAGUAGAAUCACUGGAGGGAAAAUUAGAUGCUAUAAAGGAAUGGGCAUCUAAAGAAUUUAGCUUGGAUUCUGAUGGUGACAAUGGUGCUAAUGUAUGUCAACUAGAUCAGAAGGGCGAGUCACUCCAAACUGGCUCUUCUAAGAAGAGGAAAAGUCCAUCUUGCUCCCCAAGAGCAGAAGAAAUAUCAGACACAAAUGUCUCUAGUUCAAAUAGUCAAGGUUCUUCAGAAGUAAUCGAGUCUGAUGGCCAUGAUAAUAUCUCUAAUACUGAAGCUAUGAUUCUGAAGAGUGAAGAUAAGUUGAAGCAAGACUGUUGCAUUGAUUUAAAUCUUGACUUUACAUCUGUUGAUCAUGGAAGUGAAUUUCUCCGUGCACCCAGUAGCUCCAAUAGUAAAGUUAUCUCAGAUGUGGAGACAAAUAUGUCAGCAGGUAAGAAAGAGAAAGUUAGCAAUCCAGACACAGAAAAAGAACAAGAUACAUCAAGAGUUGGUAGUGAUUGUAACUCAUUGGAAUUGCUUGAAUUUUCAAACAAAGAUUACAUGUCCGAUCAAACACUUGUUGGGGAUAAUUGUGCCAAUAAGUUGUUUGGCGUUGAUCUUUCAUUUCCACAUUCACACGCAAUGACGCCAUCAGAAAGAUUCUGCAAAACCAACACUGUCAACAUUUCGUAUGUUAAACCAUCUGUAGCUGAACGAAGCAAUUCAGGGAAGAUUUUGGGCACUUCUGUUGAACCUCUAAAUUUUGGAUCUGUCAUUUUUGGAAAGCUUUGGUGCAGUAGCCUGGCUAUAUUCCCAAAAAGGUUUAAAAGCCGAGUUAAAUUCUUCAGUGUGCUAGAUCCGAGCAAAAUUUGCAACUAUAUUUCAGAAAUAGUGGAUGCCGGGUUCUUUGGCCCUCUUUUUAAGGUAUCUUUAGAAGAAUGCCCCAGUGAAACAUUUGCCAAUGUUUCAGCAGAUAAGUGCUGGGAAAUGGUGCUGCGUCGGCUGAAUGAGGAAAUUAUGCGACGGAAUAUCCUAGGAGAAAGAGGUCUGCCUCCUUUGCAGCCUUUCCAGUGCAUUAGUGGCCUUGAAAUGUUUGGGUUUUUCUCUUUACCCAUUGUCCAGGCUAUUGAGGCUCUUGAUCCAAAUCAUCAGUGUGCAGACUACUGGAAUAAUAGGCAGAUGAAUUCAAGUACAAGGAGUGAAGCCAAGAAGUCGGCAUCUGGACUAAGAUGCAAUCUCAAGGAAUCAGAGGCAGAAAUCAGCAAUAAUGUGAUGACUAAUAAGGAUCCAGCUAAUCUAGCUAUAGGGAGUCACCAUUCAGGUGAAGAAGUGCAGCAAGUGCUUCGAGGACUGCUCAAGAAAGCAAAUCCCGAAGAGUUAAAAAUAAUGCAUAGGAUAUUCUGCAGUGAGGCACAGAGUGCGGAGUGGAAAGUUGCAUUCACAACAUUGAUGGAGGAGAUCCACAAAACAAGUAGAUAACAAAAGAUAACAUUAGAUCCUACCAUUCUUUCUUACCCUAGGGCUGCAUUAUUUUGUUCCCAUCAAUCUUUUCUCUUUCAGGGUAGCUAUGCUAAAUUUUCUCAUUUAUUAGGCCCAUUCUUUCAAAGAUUCGUAAGAGGACAUUGAUCCUGGGCAUGAGUUGUAAAUAAAAAUUUGCAAUGUGCCCGCACAUUACAUAGGCUAUAGGAUCUUGAUUCACUAAUGAUCAUAGAAAGGAUAGAUUUGUACAUUAGGAAAUUUUUUUACUGACAUUUAUGAAAAUAUAUGUUAGUUUCCUUGCAGAGUUCAUUUAUUGAUUUGAUUCA